CUAAAGCAGCUCACCUUAAAACAAGUAUUCUCAUGGUAAACUCCACUCUCCCAUUUCAUUCCAGGUUUUGUUCCAGAGAAGCUGUGUCCUAUUUCUGUAUGAAUGUUCCGAGUUUAUUUCAUUUUGCAUUCUUACUGAGGGGGGUGCAAACACCAUCAUGGACUCGAUGGAUUUUGAGGAAGCAGCAGCUCUCUCUGCCCAGUGUUCCCUUGCUUCAGGCAGAAAGAAAAAGGAACUCUCUGGAUCUCCUUGAACUAAGUGAGGCAGAAUUAGAAGAACAGUUUGUAAGAGGUGAUGGUCCAGGAGGUCAAGCCACAAAUAAAACAAACAACUGUGUUGUCCUGAAGCAUAUUCCAUCUGGGAUUGUAGUGAAGUGUCAUCAGACAAGAUCAGUGGAGAAGAACCGAAAGCUUGCCAGAGAAAUCCUGCAGGAAAAAGUUGACCUUUUCUACAAAGGCGAAGACAGUGAUGUUUUUAAAGAGAAGAAAGCAGCAGAGAAGCAAAAACAGGAGAAAAAAAGAAGAGCAAAGGAAAACCUAGAAAGGAAAAAGCUUUUUAAAGAAAUGCAACAAUUGGAUAAGGAAUAAACAUGUGAAAUACUGACUUGCCCUAGCAGGCACCCUCACCAGCUGCCACCGUGUUUUGGCCUUCAAUGAAGACCCAAAGCCAGAGUAUGGAUUUUGAAGGCAACAGAGAGUUCUGGAACUUCACUUUCUUGUCCCAGAGACUGACUGCACCAUGUGCCGUGGAUGGAGUGCUCCAGCAAUCUGCAUUCCCCUUCUUUGUCCUUUCCUAAACUCCUGCAUGAAGGUUAAAUUUUUAUCUGUUGACAGGUUUUGCUCCUGGAGUAUGAAUCUGAUUAAAGUGACUGUACAUACUUUUAAUACAAACUGUUAAUGAAAAUAAGCUUUAUUACGUCAAGUAAUAAAUACAUACAAAGAUGCAAA